AUGUUCCUAGCUGCUGUUGCUCGACCACGUUUUGACUGCUCUGGUAACCCAACAUUUGAUGGGAAAAUUGGGAUUUUUCCUUUUGUAUUCAAAGAACCAGCAAAGAGGAGUAGUAAAAAUCGUAUGGCAGGUACAUUAGAAACUAAGCCAAUAUUGUCAGUGACCAAGGAAGUAUAUAGGAGAUGUUUAAUUGAACAGGUUUUGCCUGCAAUACAUGCUAAAUGGCCACGGGAUGGUGGUAGUGUUACUGAAAUUUUGAUCCAACAGGAUAAUGCAAAACCACAUAUUAAUCCCACUGAUCCUGUAUUUAUUGAAGCUGCUUCUAGAGAUGGAUUUGAUAUUCACUUGUCAUUUCAGCCUCCUAACAGUCCGGACAUGAAUGUUCUUGACUUGGGAUAUUUUAGAGCUAUACAAUCCUUGCAACAUCAAGAAGCACCCUUGUCAAUUGAUGAGCUAAUUCUUGCUGUGGAAAAGUCAUUUGAUCAAUUAUCAAGUGAAAGUCUAAACAAUGUUUUCUUAACAUUGCAAUCAUGUAUGGUAGAGAUAGUUGAAGUCAAGCAAUCCAACCCUUUUGAUUUUGUGGUGCAAGCUUUUGAUUGGGCAAAGAAUAUAGAAGCACUUUUAUGUACUAGUGGUUUUUCAUUGACUGCUUUUAUUUCACUUUACAAGAUUUUAGAAUAG